UCACUUCGUGUUUGUCCGACAGUAAGUAGCCAUCGCGCAGCGCGAGUCAAUCUCGGGGUAAUAUCAGCGUAGUCUAGCACAGCACGUCUCAGGUUUCGAGCCUCCGAGCGAUCUCCACGCGAAUUCGCGAAACAGCACAGCUGACAACGCAAAUCGGCCGACUCGAAUUCGUGGAUGAACAUUCGAGGAAGCAAUCGAGAGCAACGACAGAAGGCACCAGAAGGCCGGCUCUCUCACUCUUUUUCUCUCUCUCUCACUCUGUCACUCUCGCAUUACGCGCUCUAUCCCUCUCGCUCGAGCUCGUAUCUCGCUCGCAGUUCCUCGACUUCUCGUCGCGAGACGUAUAAUCGGGCACCUCCCUAAGAGGAGGGCGAUACAUCCAUCUGUCUCAGGCUCACCCGAGCGGCGGAUUUUCACGCUAGAAAGCGGCCGUCCAGCAGGGCGAUACCAUUUUAUAUGACUUUACUUCGACGACGAGAAACAUCCAGGAUAUCAUCCAGAGGGAAAGGAUCGGCGUGUAGCAAAGGCGGCGGCGACAGUAGGACACUAUCAUCCGACCGGAGAUCAUCAAACGGCAACACCAUCACCACCCACGUUCGUUGGUUUUCGCGCGAGUUAACCAGCGAGUUAACAUCAACAUCACUACCGACCUGGUACCACCGAUUACCGGGCUUUCUUAGGGCGACGAGCAACGGACACGCAGCGUGUAUGAUCAUUGAAGACUCCCCUACCCCACCCGCCACCGCCAAACCGAGGCAAUACUCGAGGCAUCAAGAUACCACCCAACGAUUCCUAAACCUCCACCUGGUCCUGCCCAAGCACAGGACCUCAAAAUUUUCCAGUAAUAGGCAUCGGAAGUUACAGCCAUUCAGAGAAACGUGACUGGCGUCAGCGGGUAGCGGCGCGGC